UAGCCCGGUGCAGCUGCGAGUAGCAGCCUUAUCCGCUUUCGUUGCCCGCUCGCUCUCCCUCCCUUCGCCCCGGGCUCCGGCGAAGGCGGAUGGCGCUCCCUCUCUCUCUUCCCUUCCCAGGCGCGCGCUUCACGCCGUCGCAGGCGGCGGCGCCGCGCCGGCGCACCAGGGCUCGCCCCUUCUCCCCGUCCGCGAACGCGCGGACCCCGUGCUUCAGGAGGCCCUACACGUCCGUCCUAAUUGUCCCCACGGGCGUCGGCGCAGCCGUCGGGGGCUUCGCCGGCGACGCCCUCCCGGUGGCUAGGACCCUCGCCUCCGUCGCGGACUGUGUCAUCUCACACCCCAACGUGCUGAACGCUGCAAUGUUGUACUGGCCAAUGCCCAAUACGCUUUACGUGGAGGGAUUCGCCCUUGAUAGGUUCGCGGAAGGGUCUUGGGCUCUUCAACCCGUUCAUCAAAACAAGGUAGGCUUGGUGUUGGAUUCUGGAAUCGAGGAGAACCUCCAGCUGCGCCACUUGCAGGUUGCAGAUGCCGCAAGGGCAUCGCUUGGGCUGCCUGUAGUCGAGUACAUUGUCACAGAUGCUCCUCUGGAGAUCAAGACAUGGUUUGAUCCUAAGUGUGGGAAGUCGACGGGAAGUGUCGGGAACUCUGAUUCUCUGAUGAGAGCUGUUGACACACUAGUGAAUCAUUCAGAUGUGAAUGCGGUGGCAGUGGUUGCACGCUUUCCAGAUGAUGAUCCAGAAGAUUCAGAUUGUUACAGGGAAGGGAAGGGCGUUGAUCUGUUGGCAGGGGUUGAAGCAAUUAUCAGUCAUCUAAUUGUGAAAGAAUUCAAAAUCCCUGCUGCCCACGCUCCUGCAGUGUUACCCCCACCACUCAGCCCAUUGGUAUCCCCUAGAUCUGCAGCUGAAGAGAUUGGAUAUACCUUUCUGCCCUGUGUGCUUGCUGGGUUAAGCAACGCUCCACAGUAUGUCAUGAGGAGGCAAGGAAUCUUGGGCAGUGAUUGCAUUGUGGCUGGUGAUGUUGACAGUGUUAUUCUUCCAAAAGACUCCUGUGGAGGAGAGGGUACUCUAGCCUUUGCUCGAGCUGCAAGAAAGCAUAAGCCCUUAAUCAUUACCGUACAGGAAAAUGAGACAGUACUUGAUGAUACCCCAGACAAGUUUGGUAUAGAAGCGCUGAAUGUCCGGAACUACUGGGAAGCAAUUGGAGUUGUCGCUGCUCACAAGGCAGGUGUCAAUCCAAAUGCUCUUAGAAGACAAGGAAUUGAUCACCUUAAGAGCCCUCGGCGAUUAUACUCUGCUUACUCUUCUGGUCCUAGGCCAUCUGCCCAUCCUCCGGUGCACGAGAAAGUACAUAUACAGCAACUAGCUAAACAAAUUUAGCAGUAGAAAUAACACUAAUAGUAGAAGUAGAAAUCAAUUUAGACAGGUUGCUAUCAGGAGCUUCCAGAUUCUGAAGCCACAGGUACAUAUUCCACAUAGACUGUGCUGCAGUGGAAUCCUAGGCAUAGCAUCUACACCGAUUUUUGUUGCCAACCCAGUCUAGCAUUAGCUCCAUGGUCUUGUAUUUCUCGAACCUCCAAUCUCCAGUCGGUUUGCCAAUCAUUUACAUCAUUACUUGUUGCAGGAAAACCCAGUGCUUGUAAUCAAUUCUUUCCUACAUUAUUUUAGUAAAUUGGAUGGAAGCAGUAGUACAGUCUUGUUUCC